AUGCAUGCAGCCCACAUCCGCAGUGUUUGCUUCAGGCUGUUGGCGGUAACGAGGCUCGCCGAGUGGCUUCGGGCAGCACCGCGAGGCCCCAGCAACAGGCUGGUUUUGACUUGCCAGGUUUGGUCGCACUGCCCGGACAAGGCGUAUCUGCCUCCCCUCAAAGGCUGGAAAAUCCCUUUCCAGGGGCCGCCGCGCAACACCUUCUUGAUGAUGCCAAGGACAGACAAAGUGAAGCGAGAAAACUCAGAACGCGCCGGUCGUGCCAAGGUUCUGGAGCAGGAGGCGACCCAUGUCAUCAAUGCAGCACAGAAAGCAGCCGAGGAAGCCAAAGCCACCAGUGAGCGGGAUCAUGGCAGCCUUGACCCAACACUUCUCAAGGAGACGGAGGCGGCGCUGAAGCCGCACCUCCAGGCGCUUCUCGAUCAGCUCAAAGUGCUGGAGACUUCUGGCCUAGGCGAAUCAAUGGAUGCAGAGUCGCAGCCUCUGUUGGUGCAACAUGAAAAACUUUCCGAGCAGCGAGCCAACAACUUGGCUUACACGGGCAUCUUCGAUUGUCCAGCUCCACAUGGAAUCCAAUCUGAGGAUGAGAAACUCUUGAAAGAGAUGCUCGCUUCGAUCAUGGAAAAGUUCCAUGAAGCAGAGGACUUAGUAGAAAAGGCUGAGAUCACCUCGGCCAUGAUCGAACACGCUGGCGAUGACUUAGCCGAGGCGCAGAAGGCCGCAGAACAGACCGAGGAGUCGGCUAAACAAGCAGCCGCCGCGGUGCCUCGACAAAUGCAGCGUAGCCUUGAUGUCAUCACUGAUGUGUCGUUGUCGCUUUGCGAAAGAGAAACUACGUGCAUUUGCGCUCCCAGAUGCUUCAACAAAAAGCAGGGGAGGCCCAGGUGA